AUGAAAUAUAUACUUAUUGCCAUCCUAUUGUUGACUGUUGUUACAGCAAGGUUACACUUGACUGAGACACAGGAGAAAAGACUCAAUGAAUUGGACCCCAAUCCGAACCACCAGUGGUACACUCAAAGAGUUGAUCACCAUAAUCCUCAGUUAAAGGAGACCUUCCAGCAAAGAUACUUUGAUAAUGAUAAAUACUGGGACUCAGAGACUGGACCACUCUUCCUCUACAUCUGUGGAGAAGCAAUCUGUAGGGAACCUGCAGAUAACAGCUUUGUAGUCAACUUAGCUAAAAAAUUCAACGGAAGAGUCCUUGCUCUUGAGCAUAGAUUCUAUGGGAUGAGUCAUCCAAGACCAGAUUGGUCCACAGAGAAUCUCCAAUUUUUGACUCCUGACCAAGCCCUCGCCGAUCUUGCCCAAUUUGCUAGUGAUAAAUCUAGAGAGUUCAGCGCUGAGCAUGGCAUUCCAUUCAGAAGAUGGAUAACUGUAGGAGGAAGCUACCCAGGAGCAUUGUCAGCUUGGUUCAGAGCUAAAUAUCCACAUAUUGCCUUUGCAUCCCUCUCCUCCUCAGGAAUUGUCAACACAAUCACUGACUACGACGAAUAUGAUGGCCAAGUUUAUGCCUCAAGCUUAAAAAGUGGUGAGGAAUGCACAGAUAAAUGGAGGAGUAUCUUUAGCUCCUUUGAGGAUAAGAUCAACAGUGGACUCGCCUCAGACGUCUACGAAUUCUUUGGAUAUUUUGGAAAUGACCUCACUGUUGGAGACUUCUUCAACUUUCUUGCUGAUAUCUCGGCUGGAUCUGUACAAUAUGGAAAAAGAUCAAAGUUCUGUGAUGGUCUGAUCAAUACCGAAUUUAAAGAACAAGAUCUACUAAAUUGGACACUUGAGUACUCAAAAGAAGAAGGGCUUGACUUAAACGAAUACACUGUUCCAUACUUCGCAAACACUACUAUUGAUUACAUCAAAGCUGGAAGACAAUGGUCUUACCAAAUCUGUGCACAUAUCGGAUUUUUCCAGACUCCUGCUAAAUCUGUCCCUUCAAUGAGAAGCCAGACUAUUGCUAUUGAUUAUUGGAGAGAUCUGUGUCAAGGUAUCUUCGGGAUAGAUCUAUUCCCAGACACCGAUCAUUGGAAUAAACUAUUUGGAGGUAAAGAGAUCACAGGCUCUAAGAUAAUCUUUACUAACGGUGGGGAAGACCCAUGGCAACAUUCCAGCAUUAUGGAGUCUGAAAACCCAACCUUCCACCCUAUCGUAAUUGAUUGCGAUAACUGUGCCCACUGUGUUGAUCUUCAUGGUGACUUCCCUGACGAUGCUCCUGAGCUCACUGCUGCUAGAGACCAGAUCAAGGGAAUCUUCCAAGACUGGAUCUCGGAAGAGUUAAAUUUGGAGAGAAUCUAUCCAUCAGAAGUCAAGGUAGGAUUAAGAGAAUUUUUAUCUUAAUCUUAUCUGUAAUUUAUUAAGCUCC